AUGGGUUUUUUCUCAUAUUUCAACCGGAUUCUGAAGGCAUAUCCAGCUUCAGCCAAGCUUUUGGUUCUUUGUUCUGUCAGUACUGGGAGCUUGAUAGCAUAUGCAGAUUUGCCUUCAGAAGGUAAAGAAUCAAGUGCUAUACAGAAUCUGAAGGAAACACAAAAGAAAAAGGUGGUAGUUCUUGGUACCGGGUGGGCUGGGACGAGCUUUCUGAAGGAUCUCGAUAUCUCAUCGUACGAUGUUCAAGUGGUCUCACCUAGGAACUACUUUGCAUUCACCCCUUUGUUACCUAGUGUCACAUGUGGAACUGUCGAGGCCCGAAGCAUUGUUGAGCCAGUUCGUAACAUUAUAAAGAAGAGAAAUGGCGAAAUUAAGUUCUGGGAAGCCGAAUGCCUCAAGAUCGACCCCACGAACAAAAAGGUGUUUUGCCGGUCUAAUAUUGACGAGAACUUAGCUGGGAGUAACGAAUUCUCGUUAGAAUAUGAUUACCUGGUAAUAGCCAUUGGGGCUCAAGUGAACACGUUUGGUACUCCAGGCGUCUCGGAGCAUUGCCAUUUUCUCAAGGAAGUGGAGGAUGCUCAAAGAAUCCGUAGGACUGUAAUUGAUUGUUUUGAAAAAGCUGUCCUUCCCGAACUAACCGAGGAAGAGCGGAGAACUAACCUCCAUUUUGUAAUAGUCGGUGGAGGCCCCACUGGUGUGGAAUUUGCAGCUGAACUUCAUGAUUUUGUUCACGAAGACUUGGUCAAAAUAUACCCUUCGGUCAAAGAUCUCGUCCACAUAUCUGUGAUACAAUCCGGUGAUCACAUCUUGAACACGUAUGAUGAAAGAAUAAGCUCGUUUGCUGAACAGAAAUUUCAAAGGGAUGGCAUUGAGGUUUUAACGGGUCACCGUGUGUUGGGUGUUACAGACCGAAUGAUCGACAUGAAAAAGAAAUCCGACGGGCAGAAUAUUUCGAUGCCCCAUGGCAUGAUAGUAUGGUCGACUGGGGUCGGGACUAGGCCAGUCGUGAAGGAGUUCAUGGAAAAUAUUGGCCAGGGAAGCAGACGGGUUUUGGCCACUGACGAAUGGCUGCGUGUAAAGGGAUGUGAGGAUGUGUAUGCUCUUGGUGAUUGUGCCACAGUGGAUCAAAGAAAGAUCAGGGAAGAUAUCACGGCCAUAUUCCAAGCUGCAGACAAGGAUAACUCGGGUACACUAACAGUUGAAGAAUUCAAAGACGUGGUUGCGGAUAUAAUCAUUCGAUAUCCUCAAGUCGAGCUUUAUCUGAAGCACAAGCAUCUCUUUGACGUGACAGACUUGCUAAAAGACCCGGAUGGUAAUGAAAGAGAUGAAGUUGACAUCGAAGGUUUCAAAUUAGCACUAUCGCUCGUGGAUAAGCAGACAAAGAGCCUUCCUGCUACAGCUCAGGUUGCGGCACAACAAGGCGCGUAUCUCGCUAGGUGCUUCAACUUGCAUGAAAAAUGUAAAUUAGAACCGGAGGGCCCACGCAAGUUCCGAAGUGGCGGUCGUCAUCAGUUUCGGCCUUUUCAGUACAAACAUUUCGGGCAAUUUGCUCCCCUUGGAGGAGAGCAAGCAGCGGCAGAGCUUCCCGGGGACUGGGUUUCAAUGGGUCAAAGUACACAAUGGCUUUGGUAUUCUGUAUAUGCCAGUAAGCAAGUUAGCUGGCGCACGAGAUUUCUAGUGGUUGGUGACUGGACAAGGAGAUUUGUGUUCGGGAGGGACUCGAGUCGUAUAUGA